GGCGAUCCAGAGCCCCUUGAUCAGAGAUACGUCUUGCGGCGUGAUGCUCGUCAUUUCUUCAAUUAUGGCAGAGUAUUCUCCAUCUUAAUGCCUGAGCCAAAGGGCCAAGCCCCCUUGAAAGCAGACGCAGGGAACGAAUACCCGCGCACUGUCAUUACUGGACCCAAAAGGGGGGAAAUCUACAAUUCUAUCCCAACAACGGCUGUGAUCAGACAAAAGCAUGGCUACUGUAUUUGUGUACCCAUCGAUUCUUAUCGGAGCAAGUCCCUGGGUAGUAAGAACCUGUCGAUGCAAGAAAAGCAAGCUCAUGCUAUUGUCUAUUCAAGCUCGCAAAGUAUCCCG